CACGUGGCUGUGGCUCUUGCAAUAUUGCUUGACCUUGGCAGUACCGCUGCCUCAAUGGCUGCUGACUUUCACUUCGAAUUCUCAGGGCUGUUGUUGCACGCUAAACGCAUAGCAGUUACGAUGCGGUCUCAUACAGGCCCAAUGAUGGUGGAUGCGGUGAACUCUACGGUCACCACUUACCAGUAUCCCGCAAAUUCUUUGUUCACGACGGGCUAGAAGGCAUCGAUACCCAGUCAUCGCUCAAAUCAUUCUUAAGUCCACGAUAUGCCUUAUAGCCUCCGAGAUUUAGCCAAAUUGAAACGGCCUGCACGCUAUAGGCACACCACUGACGAAGAGUCCACUACCCCAGAACCAGCUUCUAGUGACCAAGGUACAGACGUAAGCGACCAAGAUGCGGAAGUCCACUCUCAAGGACCUUUGCGCACAAAUACGCUGGCCGCGAACCCAGACCCAUCUGAUUCUUCGCCUUUCACUACCGACGCCGUUCACCUUACACCACACCCACUUUCAGCUCUUGAAAUGUCCCCAGCACCCCAGGCUGCGCGAACAAGCGCAAGCAAUCCACCAAACCCCCACGAGAGCCGUAAGAUGGCAAACAUCAAGUACAUAAAGAAACGCUCAGGCGACGGACAGCAGCCCCAAGCAGCGCCAGCACGCGACCUUGCCAUACGCCCUAGCAGGAUCUCUCAGCGCGCAGCAGCUUCCGCCCCCGAACCUGAGCCAACACAUAUCCCUCAGAAGCCAGCGGCGUUCCCUUCGCUACCGGCCAACGCUCCACCAUCACCGCCGUUUGACCCGACACUCUCGGGCCAUGGUAUGAGAGAGCUGAUGGCGGCUAUGGAGACCAACGACGAGACGCUCAUGGAACACAUCAAAGACUACUUCAAGAUUGGAUACGAGGCGGGUACAGAUCCCUGGUACGCGGCCUUGAGGCGUCGCUGGGAUCCCCAGAUGGUAGAUUCUAAGACCAUCAUCGAGGAGAUCAAGGACGACUUCAGUCCCGGCACCUAUCUCAGCUCCUUCUAUCCCGCAUGCUGUAUCCUGAACAUCACCAAGACGAAGCUGGAUACGAUCAUGGCUGAGAACGCCGCAGUAUGGGAGACUGAGGCCGAGAUCCCAAACUACUUCAAAGACUACAGAAGACGAUACCCCAACGCCAUCAUCGACCCGGACGAGCCUCCUCCGACCGAAGUCGUGAAGGCGAUCAGGUUCUUGAGGCAACAGAGACUUCCUGUUAGUUUGUUGGGCGAGUGGCAGACGCUGCCUGGACUUGAAGCGUUCGAUCAGCCUUCAAAUGAUGAAGUAGCAGAAUCAAUAGAUAUAGUUGAUCCGGGUCAUCAUUUCCAUGAGCCCGAACGUGAACAACAAAACUACCUUUCGCAGAGACAGACUCGUAGGCUGUUAAGACAUGCUGAACGGCGAGAGCUUCAAACAGCCGCACGAAAGCAGAAUGUUACUAGAACGCGGGGGCAAGAGCAAUGCCAAAAGUGCGAGGAGAGAAGUCACACGUUGUUGGAACUCGAUGAGAGGGGGGUAUAUAAAUGUCCUGCGCGCCGACAAGAAGUCUUGCGACACAAAAUAGAAGCCGACACCCUCCGCGCGCAAUGCAACGCUGAAUACAAAGCGCUCGAUCAACCACCCGGUCCCAUGGACGCCGCGCCACUCCUCGAAUACUUUCUUAAAUUGAAAGCUAAUCCGAAAUUGAACCCAUGCCUCGCCCGGCAAGCAGAUGCCUCCACACACAAUCCAUACAUUUCCAUGGACCCCAGGGACCCGCUCUAUCUACUAGACCUGACAAGCCCCUGCUUCGGACAACUCUCGACUCCUCCACCGAGUCCUUUUACCAAAGCCGCUUUAGCAAGAGUCAGUUUCGCCGCCGUGGGGGACCGGUAUAGCACACUGUCCCCAAUGCUACAACCGCAGUCCACGGAUACACUGCCAGACCGGCCCCUUUGGCCGAAUACUUUACAUUUGGGUGGCGUUCCUGUACAACAGCAACAACAACAGCAACAACAACAACAACAACAAGAUUUGCAGCAACAUGGAUCAGCGCAAUAUGUACCAGCACAGCAUUCACAAGCGCAGCCCAUACCAACACCCCACAUACCCAAGAAACGAGGGCCGUACAAGACAAAGGACAAGUCACUCAAAGCGAUUAGUAUCUCGCCGAAGAACAGGGUGGUGGGUAGAGGCGGUAUGGUCAGUAUGGGUCACUCGAAAGAGGUGACGGAUAUGCUUAAGGCACAGGCACAAGCUCAAGCCCAAGCCCAAGCCCAAGCACAAACACAGGUGCAGCCCCAGAAUGAGGAAGUAGACAAGGAUGUUAAAAUGGAGUUGGACACACCGCUAUUGACAGAUAUUACUUCGAUAGAUGGAGAUGAGCCGGUGGGUGGAAGUACGGUCUUACCGCCGUGUCCGUUUACGAAUCAGACGACGACGGCGACGGUGCAGGAGCAGGGAGAUACCAUUGCCGGAUAAGACCGCGGAUGGCCGUGAGAAGGGGAAAGGGAGGGCGGUGCAGAUAUAGAUGGAGGAAGAGGAGGCGAUGUAGACGCACGUGCCGCCGUGAUAGAACAUGUGAUGGUGGUUUAGACUGGGGGCUUGGAUAGCAAAGAGUAGGCUAUUGUUAGAGGUGCCC